GCAGAUGGCUGCCCCGGCGAGUGGUAAACAGAGACGUCAGGCGGGGGCUGCAGCUCGGAGCAAAACAAAAGGGAAACCCGGGGGGCGGGGGGAGGGGGGGUUGGUAGGGGAAUCGGUUCUGGAAUCAGAGAGGCUGGGGCCAAGGGGACGUAGACCCUCUUAAGAGUGGAGGGAAGGGGAGAGGCGGAGGAGGGGGAGUCAGGGGAGGGGCAAGUGACGCGGGGGAGCGGGGCGUGGGGGAGGGCAGUGAUCAGGGUGGAGAAAAUUUGGGAGGAGUGUCCGGGGGGCAGCAACUUAAAAGGGGGUGGGAACUGCAGCUAAGGAGACGUUCGCUGAUGGGAUCGCGAUGUAUGAGGGGCUACGGUGCCUCGGGUUUAAAAGAGCAGGAAGCGGAGUGAGAGGUUGGAGAAAAAGUCUUCGCUAGGCGGAGAUUACAGGUGGUGUCUCGGGACGAGCUCUGGGGCUGCAGGCUGUAGUCGCGAAGAGAAGCAGAGAGUUGUGUGGAAGGGACAGCUUGGGGGGCUAGGGUCCGGGGGCGAGGGGGAAGUUCGAGACUUUUUGAGGACUGGCAGGAAUGUGCCACCUGGCCCUGGGUGCUUCCCCCCUGGGGGGAGGCAUCGUGAGGGACUGUGGCAGGCUGCUCUGAACGCUGAGCCACAGCGGUCCAGUUCCACGUAUGGAUCCAGGGAAUGAGAAUUCAGCCACAGGGGCUGCCGUGAUCAUAGACCUCGACCCCGACUUCGAACCCCAGAGCCGUCCCCGCUCCUGCACCUGGCCCCUUCCCCGACCAGAGCUUGCUACCCAGCCGCCCGAGCCGCCCGAGGUGGAGCCAGGUCUGGGAGAGAAGGUACAGACGGAGGGGCGCUCAGAGCCAAUCCUGUUGCCCUCCCGGCUCCCAGAGCCGGCAGGGGGCCCCCAGUCCGGGAUCCUGGGGGCUGUAACAGGUCCUCGGAAGGGAGGCUCCCGCCGGAAUGCCUGGGGAAAUCAGUCAUAUGCAGAGCUCAUCAGCCAGGCCAUUGAAAGCGCCCCGGAGAAGCGACUGACGCUCGCCCAGAUCUAUGAGUGGAUGGUCCGCACGGUGCCCUACUUCAAGGACAAGGGUGACAGCAACAGCUCAGCAGGAUGGAAGAACUCCAUCCGCCACAACCUGUCCCUGCACAGCAAGUUCAUCAAGGUUCACAACGAGGCGACUGGCAAGAGCUCUUGGUGGAUGCUGAACCCCGACGGGGGCAAGAGCGGGAAGGCGCCCCGCCGCCGGGCAGCCUCCAUGGAUAGCAGCAGCAAGCUGCUCCGGGGCCGCAGCAAGGCGCCCAAGAAGAAGCCAGCGGUGCUGCCAGCUCCGCCCGAGGGUGCCACUUCCACGAGCCCUGUUGGCCACUUUGCCAAGUGGUCGGGCAGCCCUCCUUGCUCUCGCAACCGCGAGGAAGCCGAUGUGUGGACCACCUUCCGUCCACGAAGCAGUUCCAACGCCAGCACCGUCAGCACCCGGCUGUCCCCGCUGAGGCCCGAGCCCGAGGUGCUGGCAGCCGAGGAAAUGCCAGGCGCGGUCAGCAGCUAUGCAGGGGGUGUCCCUCCCACCCUGAAGGAAGAUCUAGAGCUGUUAGAUGGGCUCAAUAUAACAUCGCCCCAUUCUCUGCUCCCUCGGAGCAGUCUCUCUGGCUUCUCUCUGCAGCAUGCCGGGGUCGCAGGUCCUUUACAUGCCUAUGGCACCUCCCUGUUCAGCCCAGCAGAGGGGCCCCUGUCAGCAGGAGACGGGUGCUUCUCAAGCUCCCAGUCUCUGGAGGCCCUGCUCACCUCCGAUACACCACCACCCCCUGCUGAUGUCCUCAUGACCCCGGUAGAUCCCAUCCUGUCCCAGGCUCCCACACUCCUGUUGUUGGGGGGCAUACCUUCCUCCAGCAAGGUAGCCACAGGAGUUGGCCUGUGUCCCAAGCCCUCAGAGGCCCCAGGCCCCAGCGGUCUGGUUCCCCCGCUUCCGAUGAUAGCGCCGCCUCCAGUCAUGGCUGGUGCUCCCGUCCCCAAAGCCCUGGGGAGUCCUGUGGUCACACCCUCUACUGAAGCUACAAGCCAACCCAGAAUGCCUCAAGAUCUCGACCUUGACAUGUAUCUGGAGAACCUGGAGUGCGACAUGGAUAACAUCAUCAGUGACCUCAUGGAUGGGGACGAGGGACUGGACUUCAACUUUGAGCCAGAUCCCUGAGCCGAGGCUGGAAGCUUUGUCCCCUGCGUCAGAGGGGGAGCCCGGGGCGCCCAUAUCCACUUUGUACCCUUGGCCCCACCUGGGGAAUUUAGGACCCCGCUUUAGAGCUAGGGUGGGGUCUACUCACGCAGGUGUUGAGGAAAUUAUCCAGAUAAAGCUGCCCCAUAUGGGAAAUAUGAGGGGAGGGAAGGGGUGGGGGAAAGGGAAGGGGUUUAUUCUCACUGUGCCAUUUAGGGAGUAAGGCGCCCUCUUGGGAGCCAUCCUCGGCUCCCCCUGUUCCCACCCCCUAUGUUUUGUAGCAGGGGUGGGCAAUGCUGUCGAAAAUGUGAAGUCACCAGUGGCCUUACCCCUGCCUUUGGGAGCAGGACUUUUUUUAGCGUCUUAUCUGAGCUGGUCCAGGCUAGAUCGAGCCUGGGGUUUUUAUGCAGUGGCCUCUUCGGCCAUGGGGGGGGGAGGGUGGUGGGGACCUGAAAGGGCCAACGUCUGAGCACUGGGGUGGCUUGCCAGGCCAUAUGACCCUUGGAAGACUGCAGACAACAGAAAGGCUUUAUAUAAACUUUUCAUGAUCUAUAAACACAAAUAUAGAGAUUUUUAACAGUGGCAAGGUGCUAGUGAUGGAGAGAAGGCUUUUUUUUUCUUUCUGAAGGCUUUGUCAUAAUGACAUGUUGCAAACACUACAGACACGACUUGGGGGAAACGUGGGGGGGGCUCAGGCAGGAGAGCAGCUGUUCUGAGUUGGGGGGGGCACGUCCACACAGCCAGGCCCUACAUUCUGCCACCUUGUGCCUAGGAGCGUGCGGUGUUGGGAUGUAGCCACACUCUCCCGUGACCCGCUGUGGGCUAGCGCUCCGGUGGGGGAGAGCACACUGAAGGCCUGGAAUUAGUUUGUGGCCUGGGAAGGGGGUGGGAGGGGGAUGAGAAGGAGGGAAGGAUUUAGGGUGGUAAAGUUAGGCACAGAGACCUCCCUGUUCAAGGCCCCUGACAGCUGUCCCUGCCCUUCUUCCCCUUGCCUGACUACAGGGGUUAUGUGGAAGUGUGUGUGGUAGCAGGCAGGGGGAGGGGCAGAACAGGGAAGGGGGAGCUGGGGAGCUUGGCUGAGGGUCUGGGAAAUGAGCGGGGAUGGAGGGGAAUGUGGAUCAGGUUUACUAGCACCUGCCAGGGAGGCCAUCUGGGGCUCUUCCACCCCAGCCCCCAAAGCAGCCCCUCCCCCAGCCCCUUUGCAUUGUCCCCUCCCCCACCCCUGCUGUGGGUUCCCAUCAUUUCCUGUGUCAGCGCCUGGCCUACCCCGAUUGUAUCAUGUGCUAGAUUGGAGUGGGGAAGUGUGUCAAAUCAAUAAAUGAAUAAAUUCAAUAAAUGACUAUAACCAGC